CAAGCUUUGUUGUAGAGCUGCUCAAAAACAAAAAUGUGAAAAGAAAACUUCCUACAUUACAGGCAACAAAGAAAUCAGUUAUGUCAGAUCCACUAUUUGUUUAUAAUCACUUGAGUUAUCAGCAAAACUUCUUCCUUGGAAUCUGAAGUGAUAACCAGAACAAUAUUUCUGAAACAGCAUGACUAAUUAUAAAGGAAGAUCUGUCAGCAAGAAAACGAAUGAUAAAGCCUAUCAUGAAGAAGGUUUUGUAAAUUGGACUAUAAAUCUAAAUACAAUUCAGUCUGACAAGUUCUUGAACCUGCUGUUGAGUAUGGUUCCAAUUGUUUAUCACAAAACCCAGGAAGAGAGACAUAAGAAAGUGAAUGGUCUCUGGCAAGAUGGAUUGCAGCCAUCAGGACACAGUUUCAGUGUUAGGACUGAUCAACACAUGGAUUAUCAUCACUUUUCAGAAUCAACUUUUCAUCAUGCAAGUAAUGGACAUAAUUCAUCGAGCUGUAGUCCAAAGUACGAUAACUUCGUAAAUUAUAAUUAUUCAGAUGCAAUUGACACAUCAGAAACAGAUGCUAUGCUGCAAGACAACAAUAUAUCUAGUGAUGGUGAUGAAGAUGCAAUUGUGGAAGGAAGCAGAAAACAGCCAAAAGAAUCUAGUAGCAUUAUGGCAUUGCAAAUACUUGUACCAUUUUUAUUAGCAGGAUUUGGAACAGUGUCUGCUGGGAUGGUUCUGGAUAUUGUUCAGCAUUGGGAAGUCUUCAAAAAUAUUACUGAAGUUUUCAUCUUGGUUCCUGCACUACUUGGUUUGAAGGGGAACCUGGAAAUGACUUUGGCUUCUCGGUUAUCAACAGCUGUAAAUGUUGGGAAAAUGGAUUCACCAAUUGAGAAGUGGAAUCUAAUAAUUGGUAAUCUGGCAUUAAAACAGGUACAAGCAACAGUAGUUGGUUUUUUGGCAGCUGUGGCGGCAGUUAUACUGGGCUGGAUUCCUGAGGGCAAAUACCACCUUGAUCACUCAGUCCUCUUGUGUUCAAGCAGUGUAGCAACAGCCUUCAUAGCAUCCCUUUUACAAGGAAUAAUAAUGGUUGGUGUGAUCGUUGGGUCUAAGAAGACUGGCAUAAAUCCUGACAAUGUUGCAACACCUAUUGCAGCAAGCUUUGGAGACCUUAUCACUCUUGCCAUACUUGCUUGGAUAAGUCAGGGUCUUUAUGAUUGCCUUGAGAAAUAUUAUUAUAUAUCUCCCUUAGUUGGUGCCUUUUUCUUGGCUCUGACUCCUAUGUGGAUUGUAAUUGCUGCUAAACAUCCAGCUACAAGAACUGUCCUCCAUUCAGGGUGGGAGCCUGUUAUAACUGCUAUGGUCAUAAGCAGUAUUGGUGGCCUUAUUCUGGACACAACUGUAUCCGAUCCUAAUUUGGUUGGGAUUGUUGUUUAUACUCCAGUAAUCAAUGGUAUUGGUGGAAAUCUAGUGGCAAUUCAAGCAAGCAGAAUUUCUACAUAUUUACAUUUACACAGUGUUCCUGGAGAAUUACCAGAAGAAGCCAAGGGCUGCUAUUAUCCAUGCAGGACAUAUUGUGGCACAGGAGUAAAUAAUAAAUCAGCUCAAGUUCUUCUACUCUUGGUCAUUCCUGGGCAUUUAAUUUUCUUGUACACUAUUCAUUUAAUGAAGAGUGGUCACACAUCCUUGACUCCAAUCUUCAUAGUGGUAUAUUUAUUCACAGCCCUUCUACAGGUGUUUACCUUGUUAUGGAUCGCUGACUGGAUGGUGCACCACUUCUGGAAAAAGGGGAAAGAUCCAGACAGUUUUUCUAUUCCUUAUCUUACUGCACUUGGGGAUCUUCUUGGAACUGCCUUACUUGCAAUGAGUUUUCACUUUCUGUGGCUCAUUGGUGAUAGAGAUGGGGAUGUAGGGGACUAAGAAUCCAGAUGUGCCCCAUUAGAUGACUUAUUAUUUCAUCUGAAGUAUCUCAAGACAGUUGUUGAUUUUGAUUAUGGUAACUUACAGUGCAAUCCUACAUACAUUUACACAGAAGUAGAUCCCAUGGAGUCCAAUGGGACUUAUGCUCAAAUAAGAAUGUUUCUAAGAUUGCAACCUCAAUAUUGGCACUAAUACUAAAUGGCCUUAACUUUUUUUAAAAAAAAUUGGGAUGGAGCUGGAAGGAUAGGCUUUAGAUAUUUUAUACUGCAAGGGAGUGUGGCUGUUGCUACUAGCACCAUCUGACCACAGAAAGAGAAAGGUCAGCCAAUAUUGUGCCCACAAACAAAGCCCAAAAGUAUAGUUGAUGGG